AUGGGUUAAGAAUAAGCAAAACUAUUCAAGCGUCAACCUUGUACAUUACAUUAUAAGUACGAUGAUCAUGUAACUCAUAAAUCUUAACAAAUAGGAUCUUGAGUUGAAAUAUGACCCAAAAUAAAAAAUAGUAUAUCAAAAACCUUUACGUUUCCAAGAAAUGAUAUAAAUAAAUCCAGCAUUACGCGAUUUGGAUUAGGGUAAUAAUUCUUGAAUAUCUUUUAGAUAUCCUAAUACAACUUCAAUUUUUACAUGAGCAGGCACUCAAAUCAAUUAUUUUUGAGCAAUUAAAGAAAUGUGACGAUUUAAUAAUAUUGUACUAAGCCACCAAAUUUAUUGUUAAUUGUACUUCAAAUGAGUGUCUAGAACUCAUUAACAACUAUAAUAUCAUCACUAAAAUUACUUAAGAGUAGUAAAAGGAUCUAGAUAAAUAAAUACUAAUUAUCAUCAUAAUUCACUAUAUUGUAGGCAAACUACCUUCAAUUAUGUUGGAAUAAUAACACAUAUCCUGGUUGUUCAGACAUUUGAAUCCUUAUAAUGCUUUAAAUGUCUCGCUAAUAUUAUAGAUAUUAGCAGAUAUUUGUGUGAAUUAAGACAAAUGCAUUGAAAAUAUAAUAGAAAUUCUAAAAGAUCUCAAGGAAGAAGCCAAAUGGAGAUUUGCCACAGAACCCAUAUUUAAAAUCAUGGAAGUUUAACAAAAUGUAUAUCUUAUAAGGGAUGCUUGCACCUUUAUCAAUGCUUUGGCAGAAACUCAUUCAGAUGACGAAAUGUGUGAAUUAAUUAAAUAAUAAAUAGAACAAUAUGGUUUAACAGUUAUUUAUGAUGACAUCAAACUUAAACUCAAAAACUAAGAGUAUCAGAUAGCACAUUGUUCUUACAAACAUGCUAUGUAAUUCUUGCAUGAAUAAAAGUACUUGCCACAUUAUAGUCAAGUGGAUAACUUCUAUUUCAAUAAUCUUUACGAUUUCGACCCUAGUAAACCAUUGAUAUUUUCCUAUGGAUAUUUCGAUGAUAUUUUUAAUACAGAUCCAGACUAUUUUGAAAUUCAAAAGAAUUAACUUAAAGUAUAAUUAGAUGUGUAUGAUUCUUUAAUCCAACCAGCCUUUAAUCCCAAUAAAACCAUUCUAGAAAGGUAGAAUCCCUUGUUUGUAUCCACGAUAACAAAAAAAGGUAGCGAAGAAGGUCUAGUUGGUGCCUUGAAAGGAUUAUGGCAGAGUAGAGGGAAUGAAUCCACAAAUUAAUAAAUCAUAUUGAAUGCCAUCAAAAAAGCUAAUUCAUUACUAGAAAUCUAAGAGUUACUAGUUAAAUUAAAUGAUGAAUCGUCAGGUGUUACUAUUCUUUCUAGGUUGAUUGAUCUGUUGACCAAAAAAUUCGAUCAAAUUAUGUCAGAUCAAAAGAAAAGAGACUAGAUGAGAAAAGAAAGAGAAGAUGGAUAUAAAUAAUAAAUUGUAACCUCUAUUUAUAUUGUAGACCUAUCUCUAAUUGGAAAUCAAACAAAGAAGUAAUUAGGACAAUUAAAAGGAUUUUAAAAACCUUAAUGAAAAACUAAAUCUACUAAUUGAAGAAAACAAAAGAUUGCAAGAUUAGAGUUCAUAAUACACUUAACUCCAAAAUAAAUACUCAGAAAUGAGUAGUUAAUUAAUAGAAGCCUAAAAGAGUGUGGCAAAAUCAUAAUAAGUUUCAGAAUUAGAAGCCAAAUUAGAAGAGUACGCAAAUGAAAUUACCAGAUUAAAAGCAACUCAUACUCAACCCUAGUUAUGUAAAAUCUAAGCCCCGGAUGGAGGUUCAGAGCCUCCACCAAAUCCUUCAGAAAAUAUAGCCUAAGUUUAAACAGUUUCUUAAAAUGCUGCUCCACCUCCACCUCCACCACCUCCAUAAUCUUAAAUUCCAGCUCCACCUCCUCCUCCUGGAGGUAAUACAAAUGUACCUCCACCACCACCACCUCCUCCUGGAGGAAAGACUGGAGCACCUCCUCCUCCACCACCGCCUCCUCCUCCUCCUGGAGCUAAAGCUGGUGGUCCCCCUCCUCCACCUCCUCCUCCAGGUGGCAAAGCACCUCCAUUACCAAAUGCUAAACCUGCUGUGCCAACGAAGCCUAAAUGCUAACCUUCAGUUCCACUUAAAGGUCUAAGUUGGAAUAUUUUAAAGCCAGAUUAGAUUGGAAAUUCCGUAUUUUAAGGGAUGAAUGAGAACGAAAUUAAGUUUGAUGUUAAAUCUUUAGAGGAGAAAUUUGCCUCGAAACCAGCAAAGCAAAUUUAAUAAAGUAUGGGGGUGAGUGACAAAAAGAGGGAGGUGUAAAAAAUCACUUUAUUGAGUGGAGAAAGAACUAAGAACAUAGAGCUGAUAUUGGGUAAAUUAAAAAUGAGUAAUGAAAAAAUAAAGAAUGCAUUGCUUGAGUGUGACAAGUCAGUUUUAAAUCUAAAUGUGAUUGAAUCUUUAUUAAAUGUGGUUCCAACGGAUUAAGAAAAGUCUUUGUAUUAAAAUCCGGAGGAAUUAGAGAAGGAGACUUUAUAAAUAGCAGAUCUAUUUUACUUAGAAUUAUGUUAGGUACCUGCUUAGGGAGAUAGAAUGUAAGCUAUCAAGGCAGAGUUUGUGGGAAUGGAUAUGUGUAGGGAAUGCAGAGGAAAACUAAAGUAAUUAUAGAAAGGAUUUGAAUUUUAAAAAAAUGAUGAGGCAUUUAAGUUAUUAAUAAAAUGCACUUUAGCCAUAGGUAAUUAUGUAAAUGGUGACUCUGCAAGAGGAGGAGCUUUUGGAUUUAAAAUCGACGCAAUAUCAAAAGCAGCAGAUAUAAAGAGUGUGGAUGGAAAAGAAACAUUAUUGAUGAGUAUUGUUUAAGAAUGCGAGCAAAUUUAUGAAAAGCAAGGAAAGGGAUCCUUUUUCUCAAAUGAUCGUAUGGAUCUUCUUGACUUUUUAUGCAGAUUACCUGUUUCUUAGAUGACAAUUGAUAUAAAUGAAAUAAAGAAAUUGUAAAAGUUUGUGUAGAAUGCAAUAAAGAGUUAAUCAAAGUUUCCCAACGAUAGAGUAAGUAGAUUUGAAGAUUUCUCAUAAUAACUUUUAUUGGAAAUAACAGAUCUAUCUUAACUUUAAUCGACAUGUGAAUAAUUGUACUCUGAUCUAUGCCUAUUUUAUUGUGAGAAUCCAAAAACUAUGCAGAGUGACGUAUUCUUCUAAUCUAUUCAAUAAGUUUGGAAUAAUUGCUUAAGAGUAUAUAAAUUGAAAUUAUAUUUUAGUCGAAACAACAAAUUGAAAAGAUGUAAUAAAUGAAAAUCAAAGAAGAACAAAGGAAUAAAUUGGAUCAGCAGAAGAAACUGCAAUAACCGAUUACAAAUUAGACUAAUAUGCAUGAAUCGUUACCAAGGAGAGUGAGCGCUUUACAAUAGCUAUAACAAUCUCUGCCAAGUGAUGCAGUUAACUAAUUAAGAUUGAUGAAACAAAAUAAGAAUGAAAAUAACUGAUUU